UGGGGACAGAAACGCAUCGUGGUGCUAAAAAGCUGUAGAUUUGAGCGGCACCGCGCGCUCCGGGCUGCUCUGCGCAAAAACAACCAAAAAAACGCCGCGCGCGUCUCUUUGAUCUUUGCGCCGUUUUAUCAUCAGUAGCGGUGCCAUUUAUCCGUUGUUGCUGGUGACGAUGGGCGCGUGAGGGAGCGACAGAUUCCAUCACACAGAGCCCACCGCGAGCAGAGCGGAGAGCAGUGGCGCGAGAGGAAGAAGAAAGAGGACAUGAAGAGAGCGCGCGGAGGAGAAGUGCAGUAACCCCGAGGCGCGCGAGCUAGAGCUUCCUUCCACACGGAGAAUAACCGCGAAUCAGACGUUCUGCUCCUCUUCCUCUUCUUCCUCUUCUUCCUCUUCUCGACCGUGUGUUCCAGCGGAACGAUGGGCUCGUGGUCCGGAUGCUGCGGGCGCGUGGCUGCGGUGGCGGCUCUGUGCGCGCUGCUCGCGGCUGCUCACGCUAACUCAGUGAUGGAAAACGGUACUGAGUCAGCCAGUGCAAGUGCAAUGAAUAGGACCUCGCUGCUAGCAGAGGUUGAAGAGGCGAAGCUGAAUGAAAUGACAGAAGCUUUCAAAUCGGUUGGCAAUAUGUUCCUUCACCUCCGAGCUGGACGUAAGCCUAGAGAUGGAGGUGAGCAGGGCAGUGGUGAGCCGUUAGAGGAAUUUCCAGUGGUCACUUCCGCACCUGAAGAGACCACUGCAGAAACUGUAGACAUGGGAAGUCCAAAAAUAAGCCAAGAUUCUGCAGAAACUGACCACCUACUGCCUCAUGACAACUUCAUGGAAGAGGAGGAACUGAGGCCGCAUGUUUUCACAGAGUCAUCCUGGCAUGUCCCGAAAGUAACCAUGGAGACCACUGUGGAAGACCUGGACCGCCAGGAGUCCCUGACCACCCAGUCCCCUGCUGCUCCCCCUUCCAAACCUGUGACCGUGAAAUUUGACAUCGACUCCCGCAAGGAGCUUUUCUCACCUUCCCCUUCUGCCCAUGAGUUUCAAGGUCGUGACCCCACUGCCUGGGCAAUGCCGGAUAACUAUGACUACCUCACUCCGUACGAUGAUACCGUGUCUUCUCCCUCGGACGAGUACAGUACCACUGCUGAGACAUACGAAGAUGAACUAACCACUACGCCUCCACCCAGACCCUUCCAACCUCGCUUCCCCAGCCCCUUCAACCCCACGAAGGAAGAAGGCCCACGUGUAGGAAUCUCCAGCAACGGCGCUGACUGUCGGCUCGGCUACGUUCGCAUUAAUGGCACCUGCAGGUCGCAGUGCGACACACUGCCUAGCUACUGCUUCAACGGAGGCCAAUGCUAUGUACUGGAUGGCAUCGGAGUUUUCUGCAGGUGUAACAUCCAGGACUACAUGUGGCACAAAGGAGCGCGCUGCGAGUCGGUCAUCACAGAGUUCCAGGUGAUGUGCAUCGCAAUCGGAGCUUCAGCCCUGACCGUCCUGCUGCUCUUCAUGAUCAUCGUCUGCUUUGCCAAGAAGCUACACGUGCUCAAGACCGAGAACAACAAACUGCGCAAACGCAGCAGUAAGUAUCGCCCAUCCUCGGAGCAGCACAAUGAUAAUUUCUCUCUCUCCACCAUCGCUGAGGGCUCCCACCCAAACGUAAGGAAACUCUGCGACACCCCCCCUGUCCUCCCUCAUGCUCGUGCUUUGGCUUACUAUGAUAACAUUAUCUGUCAGAAAACCAUGAGCAGAUACACCUGGGAGUGUAAGACCAAAGAGGAGUCCGGCUGUGAGGAUGACCCGAAUGCCCAGAAUAAACUGGAGGAUCCGGUGAAGGCCCCCCCGCCGAAGGAGGACGAGUCACUGAACAUCCAAAACUCGCUCACCCCCAAGCAUGAGAACCACAAGAUGCUGGGGGAGGAGAACUCCUCGGAGGUAAACUCCCUGCAGAACAACAUGAUGUGAGAAAAACGGGAAAAAUAAAUAAAUAAAAACAAAAAUUUACAAAAAACAACAUGGCUCCACCUCCAUCCAGCGCACCAACACCAUCACAGCCAAUCACAACACAGCAGGCCCUGCCCCCUCACCCCUUACACCCAGUCACACUCCACCGCAAAGCCCCGCCCCCUUUCCCCCUCCAGUCUUUUUCCCCAUCGUUGUCCUACCCUCAACACCCUCACACGCACACACACACACACACACACACACACACACACACCUUCCCCUGCCUAACUGAUCUACGGCAUGCGUUGGUGUAUUUUGUAAAAAGGAACAAACAAAAAAAGAAUAAUAAUACAUAUAUGGGGUUUAAAGUAUAAAAUGUUGUCAUAAGAAGAAGAAGAAAAAAAGCUACUGAGAGGUUUUUGAUGUUUGUCUGACUAAUUCAGUGAGUAUGUAUAAAUAUAUGACAAAAUGCUUGGAUUGAUAUAAUGAAAAAAACACAGUGUGUCUUCGUUUUCAUUGAUGUGAUUUCUAAUCCUUUGAUGUACUUGUUUUUAUUUUGUACUUUUUUGGGAAUACAGAUUAUGAACAGAAAAAAAAUCAGACACUUGUUGAAAUAAACCUUUUUAACAUGAA